UAUUAUUAUUAGUAGUAGUAGUAGUAGUAGUAGAAGUGGUAGUAGUAGUAGGAUUUGUCUCUUCAGUUAAAUCUGAAUAUUUUGAACCUUUGAUCCGGUCUGAGGUGUUGGACCUGUCCGGGUCCUGGUCCGGUCCGGUCCGGUCCUGAUGGCGGCUCACCGGGCGGGGCGGCGGGUCAAACAACUGAGCGCUCCUCGGUCACCGCGGGGGCCCGGCGGCGGGCGGCGCCAGGCUCGAGUCACUGUUCAGUACAACCGGAGCGAGCUGCAGCGGAGACUGGACCUGGAGCGCUGGGUCGACUCCGGCCUGGACCGGCUCUACCGGGACCGGGAGGACCAGAUGCCGGAGGAGGUGAACAUUGAUGAAUUGUUGGACCUGAAGACGAACGAGGAGAGGACACAGAGACUACAGUGUGUCACGUGUCCCUCUCUGUCUCUGCAGGUCCUGUUUCAGUCUUGUGACAGCAGCCCAGAGGUCUUCAUCUGUGAGCUGCUGCUGAAGUUGGACGGUCUGCAGAGACAGGAGGACCUGCACCCCGUCCCCCGAAACAGCUGACAUCCUGCAGAGACAACAAACGCUCCCAGGACCGUUCUUAUUAUUAUUGGAAUGAUAAUAAAAUAUUAUUGGUAUUAUGAUCAUUACAAAGUGAAGUGAGUUUCUGUUGUUUCUGCAUGAAAUGUUUUCAGUGUUUUUGUGUCUCAGGUUUGUUUACAGUUUAACAUCAGCUGAUCAUUCACAUGACGACAGCAAGACAGGUACUAGAGCAAUAUUUAUAUAAACCGUAGAUAUAAAGUCUGGAUUAUAUAAAGUGAACAACAAAACAAAUACGUAAAAUUAAUUUAUUUGUUUAGCAGAAUAAUAACUUUAGUAAUCACUGAUCUGUACUUAAUAAAUAACAAUCACAUAAAUAUUA